UACUUAUAAUAAAGAAUAUGGAAAACUUUUUAGAAUAAGAACCUACUUUUCAACACUUUAUAGUACGAUGAUCUUCAAAGUUGAUCUUGAACUAGUUCAGCGGAUCUUAUCAGCGAAUUACUAUAUAAAAAUGCUAAAAAAUAAAAAUGAAAGAAACCAAAACAAAGGCCGCAUUCAGCGAUAGCGUGGCGAUAAGACGGAAUACAACCCGACCAGUAGCCAGUUUCAAAACACAGCAAUGUCGAAUCGGCACACGCGGAAGAGAGAUUAUCCCGAUCUCCUACUAUAUUUUCUAGAAUUUUCAGGAUGUUUGCUCAUCCUGGCACAUCCUGCCCUGGGAAUGCGCUGCAAGAUUCCCUACGAGAGGGUCCGGGAGAACUAUUGCUAUUUAGUUGCCGAUGAAGAGCCUCUGCACACAUCAUUCCACAACUUCUGCUACCAGGACAAGCGCACGUCGCGGGUGUGCCUGGACAGCGAGGAGGAGAUGCGGUUCCUGGCCCAGUACCUCUACGAAAUGGACUAUCCGGACGGAUCUCAGUUCUGGAGCGCCGGCCACCGCUGGCCGGGGGACAAUCGCUUCUACUGGAACUACUUUGGACGGGCUCGGGCGAUGAACUACUCGAACUGGGCGCCCGACGAGCCCACUCCCCAAAUGGGUCGCAACUGCCUCAUCCUGACCCUCAAGCUGGGGGAACUGGUCAUGAGCAGCGAGUCCUGCUUCACGCGGGCCGUGGACAUCUGCGAGCAGUCGCUCAAUGACACUGAGUCCAGGUCGGUUAUGCACUGACUAGACUUCAAAAGAAAGCCGCAUUAUAAAAGCUUUAAAUAAAUAUUUAUUCAUAAGUUCUUUUAA